AUGGGCGUGCCGGCCCCCCAAGCGAUCCUGCUCCUCUGCGCCGCAGCCUCGCUCUGCCAGGCAUACUUCCAAAUCGCAAAGGAACUGCUCCCGCUCGCCCAGACACCUCUUAGUCCCCUCGUGCUGGGUGGGCCGGGGGGGCCGGGCAGCGCAGUCUCGCCCCUAUCCCCCCCGGGCCACGGGCUGGCGCAAAACACCAGCGACGACUUCCUCGUGUACCACUCGGCGGGCUUCGCCGGCGGCAGGGGCCUCUCCAUCGUCACAACGCCGGAGCGCAUCCAGCAGUUCGCCAAGGUGCGGGCGCCGGCCUACGCCAACGACUUCUCGUCGCCGCCGUACGAGGAGCGGCAGAUGGCCGGCAAGGGCCGCGGGCUCGUGGCCACCAGGACGCUGCACCGGGGCGACCGCAUCUUUGCCGACAAGCUUCCUGCCAUAUACAAACCCCCCCCCCGCAUCAUCCCCUUCGCCCUCGCCAGCAAGCACCAUGGGCGUGCCGGCCCCCCAAGCGAUCCUGCUCCUCUGCGCCGCAGCCUCGCUCUGCCAGGCAUACUUCCAAAUCGCAAAGGAACUGCUCCCGCUCGCCCAGACACCUCUUACGACGACUUCCUCGUGUACCACUCGGCGGGCUUCGCCGGCGGCAGGGGCCUCUCCAUCGUCACGACGCCGGAGCGCAUCCAGCAGUUCGCCAAGGUGCGGGCGCCGGCCUACGCCAACGACUUCUCGUCGCCGCCGUACGAGGAGCGGCAGAUGGCCGGCAAGGGCCGCGGGCUCGUGGCCACCAGGACGCUGCACCGGGGCGACCGCAUCUUUGCCGACACGCCCAUCCUGCUGCUCGACGCCGAGGCCUUUGACGACGCCGCCGCCGGCAACGACGAUCUGGCCGCCCUGGCCGUGGACAAGCUGCCGCCCGCCAUGCAGAAGCGGUUCUGGGACCUGCACGCCCGGCCGGGCGACGACCCCGUCGCGGACCGCAUUGACCCCAACGCGUUUGAGCUGCACAUGGGCGACGACACCUUUUACGGCGUGCUGCCCGAGAUGGCGGUAAGUAUGGACGCAAAUGAUGAUUAUAAUAAUGAUGACAAAAAAGGGGGGGCAGAAUCCUGUGCUGACCAGUUGACCUCUUGUGGUGCCCAGCGCUUGAACCACGACUGCCGCCCCAACGCCGUCUACUUCUUCGACGAGGCGACGCUGACGCAACGCGUGCACGCGCUCACGGACAUUGCGCCGGGGGCCGAAAUCUCCAUCACGUACAUCAGCCCGCUGCAGAGCCGGGCGGAGCGGCUGUCGAGGCUGCGCGCGUCGUGGGGCUUCAACUGCUCGUGCAGCGCGUGCUCGCAGCCGCCCGAGCUGGCGGCCCUGUCGGACAGGCGCGUCGCCGAGAUGGACCGGCUGCUGAGCCGGCUCCGCGGCGACGAGGGCGACGACGACAGCCCGCCGCCGCAGAUGGCCGAGGCGCUCGUCAGCCUGUUCCGGCAGGAGCGGCUCUACGCCGACGUGCACGAGGCCUCGGUGCUCGCCGCGCGCGCCCACUGCGCCGCCGGCCACUACUGGCACACGCUCAGGUGGGCGCACCUCGCGGCCGAGGCGAGCGCGCUGUGGGACGGCGCGGAUAGCCCCGACGCCGUGCAGAUGGCGAGGCUGGCCGAGAGGCCCGAGGGCGAGUCGUGCUGGAUGAGGGCAGUGAAAAUGUGA